GCGUGGGAUACAGUACAUUUUUUUGCUUUUGUGUUCAUGUUGGUCAUCAUUCGUUCGCGUCUCUCCUUAUCUCCCCGCAAUUCCCCAUUGCAGUUGGAGGCGCUUCUGCUGUCGACAUGCUCUCGGGCAGGAAAGUGUUCGUAGCGUACACGACCCUGGAGUCACCACCACUAGCGUGUUUGUUCUAGCGUACAUGUUGUAUUAGCUAGUGCACAAGAAGUCGCUUGCUGUAGCUGUCGCUGGUUGGAUAGAAUUUGUUCUCGGCGCUGGUCCUUGCCCUCAGUGGGGCGGGUGAUAAUUUGUGAUCAGUUGGCCUGCAGUACGCAGUGGAGUCGGUCACUGGGUCCCUUUACCUGGUUUUUCAUCAUCUCGGUGCUGCGGCAUCAUCUAGCUGCAACACUAGGCUGUAGGCCACACCGCCACUCACUGUGCUUAGUGUGAGCUGCCGCUGCCAAGAUGGUUCUGCGACCUCUGGAAUACAGCGACUGUGUUCACGACAGUCCCUUCUUCAGAGAUACGCUACAGGCGCACGAAAAGGAGCUUGAGAACACAGCAGAGUCGAUCAAGACAUUGGUCAAAGCUUGCAAGCGACUGAUAACUGCGCAGAAGGAGUUGUCCCGAGCACAGCGUCAUGUCAGCGAGAUUCUUGCUGGUUUCAAGAUUGAGCUCAUUGGAGACUCCACUGAAGAUGAAGCACAAAUCAUUGGUGCUUUCAAGGAGUUUGCCAGUCUGAUCAGCGGCAUCGAGGAGCAGCGAGAAAUGUUUCUCGGCAAUGCUGAGGUGCGCCUCCUUGAUCCCCUGGAGCAGUUUCGCAAUGACCAGGUCCAUGCUACUAAGGAAGCAAAGAAAACCUUUGAGAAAGGCUCAACGGCCUAUUGUAAAUAUCUGGAGACGUUCCUUGGAACUUCCAGCAAGCGGAAAGACUCACAGCUACAAGAGGCGGAUGAUCAGAUGGAAACGGAGACUGAGGGGUUUCUGCAAAUGUCAUGCCAGUAUGUCCGACGUCUGCAGGAUGUGCAGCUGCGAAAGAAGUUUGAUUUUGUUGAACCGCUACUUGGUUUCAUGCGAGAUCAAAUGACAUUUUACCAUCAUGGCUACGAGGCAUUCACUGACUACAGCGGUCGAUUCGAGGAGCUGCAGAUCAAGCUACAACUGGCACGUGAUCAAUAUGAGCAGCAAACGGAACAAACUGAUGAACUGAUCAACAAAGUUAUUCAGAAAGCAAAGGCGGGUGACACUAGUGCUGGACAGAUUGCGAGACAAGGUUACAACUUUCUGCAAAAACCUCGGAAAGGUGGACUUGGCACACAAUCUAUCAAGCAUUACUGCCAGUUUAUCAAGGAUGAAGGCCUGUUUGUCAUGUUCCCGUACAAUCAGCAGCAAGGAAAGAUGUCCAAUCCGGAGACAUUCAAGUUGGAUUCCUGUACUAGGCGACCAACGGAGUCAAUUGAGAAGCGCUUCUGCUUCGAUCUAACAGCCGGGGAUAAGGUUUACACACUGCAAGCGGUCACCAACAAGGACCGGACGCUGUGGAUGGAAGUGCUAGAUGGACGAGAACCUGACUACAUGAUGAUUGACAGCAUGAAGAGACCUGGUGAUAAGUCCAGCGGAAUCUUAGCGCCAGGCUCUCAAGUGGCGUUUGUGGAGAAGUGCAUUGCAGCCGUGGAAACCAAAGGCUUGGAUGAAGAAGGAGUCUAUCGAUUGUCUGGUGUCGCAUCCAAGGCCGAGAAGAUGAUGAAAGUAUGCAUUGAGAAGGGAAAAUUCAGUGAUAAAGUUAACCUGCUGGACAGCGAAUGGGAGGUCAAGACCAUCACAAGCUGCCUCAAGAACUUUUUCCGGAAUCGAGAAGCUCUCCUGACGUUCAAACUCUAUCCGGAGUUUCUGGCAGCAGCAAAAGAGGCAACGCCCAAUGACCGCUUCAGAGCCAUUCACCGAUGUGUGACGCAGCUUCCGCCGUUCAAUCGCAGGCUUCUCGUUGUUCUGAUGCAGCAUUUGCGAAAGGUGUCGGAGAACGCUGACGAAAACAAGAUGCAUGCUAGCAACAUUGGUGUGGUGUUUGGCCCGACGCUGAUGCGACCGCUGGAGGACUCUGUGGCUGGUAUUAUGGAUAUCAAAUAUCAGAACAUCGUAAUUGAGAUCAUGGUGGAUCGCUACACUGAUAUGUUUUCCGAUAUCACUUCGCCUGGCCCUAGCUCCACCGCCUCCUCGCCGAUGCACAGCUCGACGGCUAGCUCUGGUCCAGCAGCACCGCCCCCGCUCGCUUCCACUAAUCACCCCACGCUGCGACGUGCUGCGCCAGUGGCGCCCAGCCAUGCCCCACCACCUGCACCUGCUGCUGCUGCUGCGGCUGCAGCCUCUGCUGGUCCGGGCACUAGCACAGGUGCACACCCGCCUACUGCCCGAAAGCCGCCGCCACCGUCUCGCAAACCCAGCGACAAUGCCGAUCAUCGUAUGCGAGUGCACUCUGAAGCAGCAGGUGUGAGAAUGCCGCACAAGCCACCACCGCCCCCUCCCUCAGUAAAUCGCCAACACACUGCUCCAACAAUCCUGACAAAGCCGACAGUACCAGCCCCGUCCCCGCCAAACGGUCCGAGUAGCCCUCAAGUGGACCUGUCCAAGCCCGUGGCGCCUGUUGCUCCCCAGCCGCGGCGGCGUCCUGGCAGCAUGACAGACCAUGACCUGAGCGGCAGCGCGGGGACAGAGUCCGUCCUCUCCGGUACUCCGACCAGUGGCGAUAAGAACAGCGUCUUAGAAGAAGAGCACGUCAAUAGUGCAUCGCAUCCUACUGGACCGCCAGCCGCACCGCCGCGAAGACACCGCCCUGGCAGGCGAGCAAGAGCACUGUAUCCUUGCCUGGCGGAAGAUGUCCAUGAGCUCUCGUUUGACACGGACGAUAUCUUCCAUGAAGUUGUUGUAUCCGACGAGCCUGGCUGGUAUAUGUGUACGCUGCGCGGCCGCACUGGACUGGUACCCGAGAAUUACAUUGAACUGCUCUAGGAGGGUUAGGAGUGAGCCGUCGCACAUGGGGUGGCUGCGGCCAAGCUGGCAAGCCAUCUCGGGUCUCAGUGCGUUUUACCGUCGAGAUGCAUGUCAACUUGUUCUCGCGCUCCGUGUCUCACCUGAUUAUGCAAGGCAGGAUCAUCCGGUGGCCUGCUGGCCUCCUGGGUAUCACCUUGCUCUCACAGCAUGAGACCAUGGAUGUGCGUAUGCCUAUGCGUGUACCUGAUCGACUUGAAGAACUGGAUUGUUCCCAAUUGACCGUGAGACUCCUUUCCGAAACUUCGCCUAGUCCAGUGUGAAGAACGUCUCUAAACCAGUCAUGUUUUGUCUUUGACGCUGUUGGUUAGAUGUGCUGUUUUUUUAACGUCUGGUGGAUUUAUAUUUGAUUGUGAUCAUAACAUUAUAGAAUACAUUUGUCGAGUACCUUCAGUAAAAUAAUAUGCAGCUUUUCUGCUUUAGUGCACUGGCUGAUUGCAGAGUAAGUUUAGGAUUCUAUUGAAACGAUAUUCGCAUGUACUUACAACCCCGCUGAGUCUCUAUGCAUGGCAUACUGACUUGUGAGAUACACCUUUUAAAGUUAUAAUAUUCAGACGGGUGAGUUACCAUACUGGUGGCUUGUUCCCAAACAACGUGUAUAUUUAUUCCCGAA